AUGCCAGUAAAUGCAGUAAGGCCAUUUGGUAGGGCUCUUCGAGAGAAUGGAAAAACAGUAGACUAUGUUGUGGCGUUGUGGGUCCCCAAAAACAAGAAAUCUGUUUGGGGAAAAGCAUGGGAAGAAAACGGUCAACUGAAAGCAUUAUUUUUUCAUGACAAUGUUGUAAAAACUAACGAACAUCCAGAUAUCAAAGCUAGAGGUUAUUUUAUUGUCACCUACAAUGGAACAGUUGAAGACAACGGUUUCAGGAUUUCAUGGGAACUUGCAAAACAAGUUGACGGAGGUACCGUGGUAUAUUCGGGUGAGAACCGAUAUGUAGCAGCUGUCUACAGUGAUCCUCAUACCAAUAGUGAAUAUCUUGGCAACAGUUUGUGGGAUCAGCGAAGCAUCGAAUUUGUUCACAGUGGUCGUGACACAGCAGAUGUUGUUGACAACGGUAACGACAACACUUUUGAACGAUACGUAUAUCUUUUGACCAAACAGCGAUGUAACUGUCAAUGUUGA